AAUUUCUCUAUCGAAGUUUACCAUCCCUAAGCUUGUUUUGGUUUUUGCAGCUAGCCAGCUAGCAAUGGCGAAGAAUACUUUCUGUGUUUCUGAUUUUCCUCAUACACUUAUCAAGUCACAAAAGUCAGCUCCCUCAAGCCCAGAGAGAUUUUCUCUCCUUCUAUUGGAGUUUGGUGAGGUCUACUUUGAGGACUUCAGUGCUGUCUAUUAUCCUAAUGCCGAGACAGAGCAAGAAGAAAUUGAGAGAAAGCAGCGUGGUCGCCUGAAAAUAUGUUCUGAGUCUCUUGUGUUUGACCCGCUGGACUUUUCCCACCCUGUUAUCAAGGUUGCUUUUAGAGAUUGUACCUCGGUCAAGAGUUGGGACAACAAUGACUCUAGGAUCAGUGACAAUAGUUUCACUGUGAAGACCAAUCAGUUCUGUGAAAUGUUGGAGGGGAACAUUCUUUCCCCCUACAAGUUUAAGAAGGAGAAGUGUACCUUUGUGUUCAGUUUGAACUACGGUGAUGUGUCCAAUGUUUUAUCUCAAGUCAUCACGCUUGUGAAUGCCACUAAGCAGCCUAAAAGUGACCAUCUCUCUCUGAUUGAGAGCCUUGUGUCCAGCCGCCAUGCCGCUGUCUCCUUCAACACCAGCUGGCUAGAGGACUUGUACGAGGAGCACGUACUGGAGCUCUCCGGAGAUCAUGUGACCCCCAUGGUCAGCAACCCCGGCCGCAUCAUGCUCACAUCGUCACGCCUCUAUUACCAGCCGUACAAUAAUGUGGAAACUGAACCGGUACUGAAAGUUGCUCUGGAUGAACUCCGUUCUGUGCUCAAGAGGAGGUAUAUGCUCAGGCACACGGGCAUUGAACUGUUCUGUCGAGGUGGGUACAGCAUGUUCCUGGUCCUCCCCUCCCCUCGUGAGCGUAACCUCCUAUACGACGAGCUGAUUGGACGGAGACCCGAGGCACAGCUGUCGGACCUAGUGCUCGCUGGUCUGACCCGGGACUGGCAGGUGGGGAGGAUGAGCAACUAUGACUACCUCAUGAUGCUCAAUCAUCUGGCGGACCGUAGUUUCAAUGACAUCAUGCAGUAUCCUGUGAUGCCCUGGAUCAUUGCAGACUACACCAGCCCCUCUCUCGAUCUGACGGACUCUGCCACUUUCCGUGACCUCAGUAAACCAGUUGGAGCACUCACUCCAGAGCGCCUCAAGUUCUUCCAGACUCGAUAUGCUGAGAUGUCAGGACGUAAGUUCCUCUAUGGGACCCAUUACUCUGCCCCAGGCUAUGUCCUCUACUACCUCGUCAGAUCAGCUCCAGAGUAUUUGCUAUGCUUGCAGAAUGGGAACUUUGACAAACCAAACAGACUAUUCCACAAUAUUGCUCAGACGUGGGGGAACGUGAAUAACGACCAUGCUGACGUCAAGGAGCUCAUCCCAGAGUUCUACCAGUCCACAGGAAGCUUCCUCCUCAACACCAUGAACCUGGACCUGGGUGUUCGUAGUGAUGGAAACAGAGUGAACAAUACGUUGCUGCCUCCCUGGGCUAAAGAUGCGGCUGACUUCACUCGUCAAUGUCGUGAGGCGCUCGAGUGUGACUAUGUCUCCGCCCACCUCCAUCACUGGAUAGACCUCAUCUUUGGCUACAAGCAACGAGGGGAGGAAGCCUUAGAAGCCAACAAUUUGUUCCAUUACCUCACUUAUGAAGGGGAAUUCAACACUGAGAGGGUUCAUGACCCCAAGGAGUUGGCAGCCAUAGAACUGCAAGUGAAGGAAUUCGGACAAACGCCACGUCAGCUGUUCACACGGCCACACCCCUCACGACUCAUAUCCCGUACACCCCCACCACCACUUACGCCCACUCCACCACCCUCACAUUCCUCACAACCUGACGAGCCUGUAAAGACGGAGGCAGACACCACAGCAGGACUGGGCUAUGUGGGGGGUGGGUCAUGUAACCCAGAGGAAGAGUGGGUGGAUGUACAAAUGCCAAAAGCCGGGCCACGAACUCUGACCCUUAAACUGAAGAACAAGUUGCAUAAAGAACCUGUAUCUUCUGUGUUUCUAUCACAUGAUGGAAAGACAAUAUACUCGGCAUCACAUGAUAAAACGCUGAAGGUGUGUGGGGUGAACGAUGGUGGACAACUGCUCAGAAGCUCUUCUAUCUCUGGCCUUCCUCUGUCCUGUCUGUCUCUCCUACCUGACUCUAAGUGUGUUCUGGUUGGCUCCUGGGACAACAAUGUGUAUGUGUACUCUGUGGAGUAUGCGUCGGUAGUGUGCUCUGCCUAUUGUCACGACAGCUCCAUCACUUCUCUGGUCUGGAAAAAUAACCUCCUCGUCACUGGAUCCUGGGACUCCACCGUCAAGGUGUGGGAUUUUCCCUACCCUCCUCCCAACGACCAGACGCGACCAGAAGCUCCCAAGAUAAUAUGUGAGCUGGACCAUGACAAUGAGGUCAGCUGUGUGGACCUGCACGGGUCAAAGGUGGCCUCAGGCACAGUGGACGGAUUUGUGACGCUGUGGAGUGUUGAUGGAUUUAGGGAAUUUGAACUACAAGCACACAGUGAAGGUGUAACAGUGGUGCUCUUCAACCAAGAGGGUAAUAUGCUGUGUACGUGUGGAGGUGAUGGUGUGGUCAGACUACUGGACACCAGCUCACACACGGAGGUCAUCUCAAAACGAGAGCAGCAAGUGUUCCAUUGUGCAGCUUGGAACGGUGACUUGUUGAUACUGGGUGGAGAGGGAGGUGGUGUGCACAUCUGGGACGCUGCCACUCUCUCGGAGAUCACCUCCGCCCAAGAACACACAGGUCCGAUCACAGGUGUUAGUGUGAGCAGCGAUGGACGACUAAUAGCCACAGGUGGUCGAGACAAGGAUGUGGCACUCUGGGAUUAUACAUAGUUUGGAGAAUUAUAGACACUUUAAUUAUUUUGCAAUAAUGAUUGUUUACACGUACGUUUCGUUGUCUGUUAAUAAGUAAGUGUUAAUUAAAGCAUUAACAGAACAUUUAAUACGGUUUUCCAUGAAGGAUCGAUAUUAUAGGAGUUCAUAAAAAAACUCCUUUUGUAACA